CAAACCUGAUCAGAAGUAUAUUGACAAUUGGGGUCCAUGCUGAUUGCUGACUUUUCAUGAGCCACCUUUACUUCAUAAAAAAAUCCGCUAAUGCCCAUCGUAUAGAAGGCUUCACCGUGAAAAUUGUUCAGGUGGAGUGGAGCAAUUGAGAUUUGAGAGCGGAAGGUGCGGCGUAUCAGGAGAUCAAGAGCAUGCAUAGUACGAUAAGUAAACGGACAACUAAAAGCAGCCCUAUGUACGGGUCAAGUGCAAAAUGCCAGCCCAAUGGGCCAAAACAAAGUGCUAGUUAUUUUUCCACUUCAGCAGUGUUUUCUGAAUUGGGAAAAAGAGAACCAAUGAAAUGCGGUCUAUGAAGAACGAUUUAUAAUGUCUCUUUGACUAAUACACCAAUUAAGGGAAAUCAGAUGGAAAUUUUAUGGUAACUUGGAACAUUAGAAUUCUGUUGGUUGAAUCUGAUCACUUCAAUUUUAGCUCUUCUCCCUCCCCGAGAAGUGUUAAGAGAUUAUUUUCCAAAGGCCCAAGCUGGGUCUUCAUGACUAAAUCAAACAUAUUUAAAUGUCAUAUUCACAACCGGCGAAAAUCGAUAAGGUAGUGGCAAGAAACUGGACCUAAUUUAAUUUGUUUAUGAUGCAUUUGCUGAUUCCAUAUUCUGCAUUUCUUAUUCAUUCUGCUGUAGCUGGAUGUCUUUUCCUUCUAGAAUCCUUCAAAGUCACUUAUCUUAAAUCAUCAUCUCCAUUUUUAAUUCAUGACUAUAAAUUUAAUCAUUCUCUUGCCUUCAGUUUAAACAAGACCCAGUUUAGUCAACAGUCAAGCCGUGCAAAUACUGGAAACGCGUUCAGGAAAACAUCAAUCAUGGACUUACUCUAUCGUUUCUUAAUGCUAAAUACCUAAAAGUCAAAACAAUAAGAACGUAACCUUAUUAUACUUUAAACUAGUGGUCUCGUUGCAAGGAUAAUUUAUUUAAUAAUAAAUUUCAUGUUUAAUUUUUAUCGUAUGAUAAAACCUUUAAUAGUAUAAUAAGUAAAAUUAAUCUCUAGUCUCAUGAAUUUAAAGAUAAUUAUGACAGAAAAAAAUAUAUAUAAAAUCACGAGCUUAAUCUCUAAUCCAUGUGUCUGAAAAAAUAUUUAUUAAGAAAGAUCACCUCCUUAAAUAUAUUUUAGAUAUUUGAAGAAAUUAGUUUUAGUAUUAGGAGUCCCAAACUCCAUUCAUCUUAAUUUUUUAGAGAGAGAGAGAAAAAAAAAAUAAAGGCCAUCACCAUCAAGGUAGAAUCAACCAUUUGAAAACAUUACAUAAUAGAAAUGGAUCGAAGUAUCCAUAACCCAAUAAUAACUAAUAAAGCAUUAUUAUGUAUAGUAGCAAUAAAAGCAACUAUAGAUCCCCAGAAGCAGCAGAAAUAGGUAUGGCUCUAAGCCCAGAUCAGCAGUUGAAGCCCUUAGCACCGUUCAUAUCAUCAACAUACUUGAGCACUGAAGAAAAUCAACAACAAGAACGCAAGAAAAACAACCGCAUAAGAAACUUCAUCCUGUGCUUUGGCUGCGUCACUGCCCUUAUUAUUAUACUCGUGGUAAUAGUCCUAGUCUUGGGCUUCACCGUAUACAAUGUCGAAGAACCCAAGGUGAGGUUGAACGCCGUUACCCUUCUCAACAACAGAACCUCCGCCAGCGGUGCCAUCAACAACGUUACGUUUCUCGCUGACAUGACCGUGAAGAAUACGAACGCGUUUACCUUCAGGUUUGGAAACUCCACCACCACGUUCUACUACGAUGGAACGAUGAUUGGUGAGGGUAAGUCUCCUUCGGGUAAGGCCAAGCCUAAAAGAACCAUAAAGAUAAACUCGACGUUGGAGAUCAUGGCUAACAAGCUUUCGGAGAUUCCAAGUUUCGAGAGAGAUCUCGCGGAUCAAGCUUUGAAUAUAAGCAGCUACACCAGGAUCGAUGGUAAGGUGAAGAUACUUAAUAUUUUUCCGAGGGAGGUUGUGGUUGAGAUGAAUUGUACAGUUGUAUACAACGUUACCACGGGUUUGGUUUCGCAUGGUGAUAAUUGUCUUGGAAACGUUGAUAUUUAGGUUGCAAUGUUAUUUGUGAAACAUGUUAAUUAGGAUUCUACUAUAGUUUUGUACCGUACGUGCAUGUUGGAAAAUUUAAGAGCUUAUAGUUAAUUUCUGUA